CCCGUCAGUCGUGUAGUCGCCUCCGUGCCGGAAGGCUGUGCGUCCGUGUGCGGGCCGCUCGCGUCGCUCUGGCAGGUUGGCAGUGCUGUGUUGUCUGUGUGUGUGAGAGAGAGGUGCUUCGCGGGCCGGUGUUGGCACGCCGUUGACAGCAGUGGAUACUCGUGACCAGUGGAUUAUUUUUGCCCUUCGCCAUGACCCGCGGACAGGGUCCCGGGGGUGGACCGCCCCAGUAGUGCGAGUGAGUGAGUGAAUCUCCGCCCGAGUGCACCCCGGGAUUUAGCACUCGUGCGAGAGAGAGAGAGAGGCGAGCUGCCGCGCCGCAAACUGUGUGUGCGUGUGUGUGAGUGCGGUGUCGCCGUGGUGAAUAUUCUUUUCUGGAUUAUCGUUGAAAACUCGCCGCCACCAUGCCGAAGAUCUUCCUCAUCAAGAAUCGGCUGCACCAGCAGCAGCUGAGGCUCGCGGAGGCGCAGAAGCGCGCCGAUGGGCCCCAGGACGGCAUCUCGCUGUCUCCGCCGGGGUCGCCGCUAUCCUAUCAGGACGCGCAGCCCUUGCCUCUCGUCAAGGACAAGGAGAAUGGUCGCCGCGAAGAUGGUGCCCGCCGCUGGUUCGCUGGUGCACCGCGCUCCUCCAGCCCGUCCCCGCCAAGACGGUUCACCUCGUCCAUCCUUGGCGGCGACGUCCCCUACGGAGCGCGCCACAUCCUCACGCGGGCCGAGCGCAAGGAGUACCCGUCGGACGGCUCGCCCGCCCGGGUGUCCGUCAUCCAGAGGACGCCGGUGCCCAAGCCAGAUGACGGCAAGGGGUCGACGCCCACCCCCGAGUCCAGCACGGACGCGGUGGCGCCCAGGACGCGCUCCCCCGAGCGCGCCAUGCCCUCCAAGCCGUCGACGCCGUCCCUGGCGCCUUCACCGGCCGCGCCCAGCAGCCGCAUCCCCCCGACGCCGAGCCCACCGCCGCCUCCCGGACCCCCGGACGGCAGCGUGGUGAUGGCCCCCGAGCAGGACGCGCCCAUCGACUACCACGUGCCCAAGAAGCGCUGCAGCACUGAGGAGCGGCUGGAGCGGGACAGGCGGCGGCACUGCACGGCCCGCAUCUCCAACGCCAUCACCCGCGGCCCCGGCCCCGGCCCGCCGCUCGGCCCCCCGGUGGGCCCACCGCACCCCGGCCACGGCCCCCUCGGCCACCCCGGGCGGGGCGCCUUCAAGCUGACGCACCCGCCCUCCGCGGGGCUGGCGGGGAUGCCCGCCGGGCUGCCAGGGCUCCUGCUGGCCGCGAGGCACCCCGCCAUCCUCCAGGCCGCCGCCGGCCACGGCCACGGCCGAUCCGCCGGUGGUGGCGGCGGUGGUGGUAGCAACGGCAGCGGUGGAGGUGGCUCCGGGGGUGGUUCCCACGGCUUCUCCAACGGCGGCUCCGGUGGCGCCGGCCUCGGUGGCGGCUCUGGUGGUGGCGCUCUGGGCUCCGGGGGUGGCUCCGGAGGUGGCUCCAUGAACCCCGGGGGCGGUGCCGGCGGCGGUAGGAGCAACUACGGCCCUAGCUCACCACCCACGGGCUGCUUGCCGCCGUUCUACGAGACCCUCAAGGGGGGCGGCAUGUCGUCGCUGUCCUCCCUGUCGGCCUUCGGUGGCCACCCUUACGGCGGCGGCGUUGGGGGCGGCUACACCAUGCUUCCCUCGGCGCACUCCCUGGACUGCGGAACGGACACGGGGCAAGGGCAGGGUGGAGGCGGCAUGGGAGGCUACGGCCUCGACGGCCCACUGCCCAAGCAGUACUCGCUCCUGCAGAACGUGUGCGCGUCGUACGGCCUCACCGUCAAGGAGGAGGACGACUUCCCCGGCUUCGACAUGCUCAGCUCCGGGAAGAUCGGCGGCCUGCCCCAGAUCUCCACCCUUACCGGCGGCUUCGUGUCCUCCGCGCAGGGCAACAACUACGACGUCAAUGACCAGAUGAUGGUGGACCUAACGGGCGGCUCAGUCGUGGAUCUCACGGCCACGCUCACCUUCUCGUCGGCCGCGGAGCACAGCGCGCUGCUCGAGUCGCUCUCGGACGCGGCGGACCUCUUCAUGACGAGGCUGCCCCACGACGACGACCUGGACGGGCCGGGCCCGGUCACGAGCAGCAGCAGCAGCAGCAACCAGGCCGCCGACUUGCUGCAGGAGGCCAUCCAGCAGCAUCAGCAGCACUCCGUCGGCUCGCCCCAGUCCUCCGAAUCCCUGGCCGGCUCGGUGGACCCCUUCCCAGAGUCGUCGCCGUACCCGAGGCCCUACGGCACGCCCGUGCAGAGCCAGUACAAGCCGACCGUCAGCUCGGCCAGCUCCACGUCCACCAAUGCCUUCAUGGGGCAUGACAGCUACCACGGCCUGCACAAGCAGGAGCCCGCCGCAGACCAGCCGCAGCUGCAGCAGUUGCAGGUGCAGGUCCACUUGCAGAACCCGCCGUCCAACGGCAACAGUAACAGUGGCAACGGCAACGCGUCGCUGCUGUCCCCCGGGCUGUCGUUCGACCUGGACUCGCCCACCACCAUGUCCCUGCCCUCGCCCGCGUCCUGCGGCGUGGACGACAACGCGCUGGGCGACUCGACGGCCUCCAUGUCGCCGCCGGGCUCCGUGACGUCCGGGAGGAGGGAUUCGAGCCACGCUGACCACGACAUGGGCGUUCUACCUUCACUGCAGGUCCGUGUGAACGUCAUCCAGCAACGGCUCGGCCUACCAGGAGACGUCGCUCUGGAGUUUGUGAACGGCGGGCACGGCAUCAAGAACCCCCUGGCUUCCCACGAGGUCAUGACCGGUCCACCGAGACCUGCGGCGCGCCCCGCGCCUGAGGACAAGGUUGCCGCCGAGGAAGUCGCGCCUCGGUUUCAGCAGAAUGGGAAGCCCACCCGCUUCUCGUGUCACCUAUGCACAAAAAGCUUUUCGCUGCAGCGGCUCCUAAACCGUCACAUGAAGUGUCACAGUGAUGUCAAACGCUACCUCUGCACUUUCUGUGGGAAGGGUUUCAACGAUACCUUCGAUCUUAAGAGACACACAAGAACACACACUGGUGUUCGGCCGUACAAGUGCAAUCUUUGUGAGAAGUCCUUCACACAACGCUGUUCUCUGGAAUCUCACUGUUUGAAAGUUCAUGGAGUGCAACACCAAUAUGCUUAUAAAGAGCGCCGCACAAAGAUGUAUGUCUGUGAAGAGUGUGGUCAUACGACAAAUGAACCAGAGGUCCACUACCUACAUCUUAAGGACAAUCACCCUUAUAGUCCAGCACUCCUUAAGUUCUAUGAUAAACGACAUUUCAAGUUCACGAACUCAAAUUUUGCUAACAUGCUUCUUCAAGUGCGCACCUGAAAAUCCGCCUGAAGAAGCAGUAUCAACAUAAGAGAUUUUUCUAAAUUUUAAAUGACAUACUGUACCUCUAUUCCUCUCUGCUGAUGUAUGUGUAGGUGUUGGCAGGAAAAGGCAAUUACUAAAUAGAUGUUCCUUUGAGCCAGAUUGACUGAAAAGACUUACCUGUAGGAAACCAAUUUAUCUGAGACCUUUCCUCAGAAUUUUUCCGUCCGAGGUGAAACUAUUGCACACUCAGCAUUUCUUGACAGUUGUGUUCUUCGGGAUCCCUCUCUUAUAUAUGAACCAAAAAGUAUAUAUUUGAGUAAAAUUUUGAGUCAAUUUACCUAAUUAUUUUUUAAGGAUAAGGUCUAUUUUUAUUGCUAUUUUUAUUUUUGCCUGGUAUUAUAGCUGUAAUAAUAUUGUUUUUGUUGUUGAGAGUGUUAAUUAUGACUGUUUGCUAAGUGCUUUGAAAAGGUUUUGUGCACCAUUUGAAAUAGUUCCAAGUGAUGACAAACACACUUUGCGGAACCCUCCUUGGAGAACAUCAUAAAAGUUAUGAUAAAACGGUUUUCAAUUUCUAAACAGUUAAUAUGUUCUAGAAUUGAGUCUAAGACUCGUGUGGCUCCUCCUUGAGGUUUCAUUUCAUCAUCAUGACUGAUCGAUCGCAUUAAUGGGACAGGCAUAAAUGUUGGAAAACAUUGCUAGAAGUAUUCAUCCUUGUACAGCGCUAUUAAAAAUGACAUGUUUCUAGCUAUUAAUGAGCCUGUCCCCUUAUCAUAACAUUAUAAUUUUGGUAAUUCAGAGUGAACAGUUAGAUGUGAGCAAAAUGCGUUUCCCAAAUAAUAUUUAAUAAUAUCAUUGUAAUGUCUGUUGUUAACAGAAGCAUCUUAAACAGUAGGUACCUGUGAUAUAUUAAUUUUAAAAGUAUAAGUACAAUAAUGGAUAGGAACAUACUGUAGAACGUAGACAUUUCUAUUAUUUUGAAUUUAGAUCAGAUUAGUUACAUAGAGAAUUGUUUAUUUGUACUUAUUGAAAACUGACACAGAUGGUGUUAGAUGUAAUGUAUGGGCUUGUUGGGAAUUUUCCUCUCUUUGUAAAUUCUCCCAGCAUAUAAUUGUCUCUGUUGUUUACGGGUCUGUCUGAAAUGGUUAUCUGAAUGAAAUCUGCGUUUGUGUGCAGUUGAGUUUAUAACUAUUACAAAUUAAUCAUCAUCCUACCCGACAUUGUUGUAUUUCAUUCAUUCAUGUCUUUAAUGUAGGAUUUAAAGUGGAUGUUUCAUGUUUAAUAACACAUUUUUAGCCAGUUCAGGACGUAGGUCACACCGUUUUGGAAAAUACUGUAUGGUGUUUGGUGGCUUGAGGAUUUAAGGGUACUUUUGUGAACUCUUUCUGAACGGGCUCUAAUUAUUAGACACUGAACUGAUUUCACUAUGAUGCGGGGUCCAUCAAAUGACUAAAACAGCUGUUUUAGUUUUAUGGUUUACAGUAUUUGGGUAAGGUCUCCUGUAAACCUAAAAUUUUGCGUGAACAAAAUCUUCUAUAUUGUUGUUAUCAUCUUGUGCUUGUUAAAGAUUUUCAAAAGACAUUUAUUUGUGAACAAUAUCUUGGUUGUAAGGACCCCACAUUUGCUCUAUUAAAAAGCUGGUUAGAGGUAGCAAAGUGCCUUGCUGAUGCACUGUAAGACACUUAGAAAUGGAAGAAAUCAAAACUACCAACAUGUGUCCUUUUUGUUUUGAUUGCUUUCUAUCUCAUCAGCAAUUUCUUUUCAUUCUUUGAUGUAUUAAUAUUUAUUAAGAAUGUGAAGAAACUCAAUUGAUGCUUUUGUACAGAUCCAAUCUUAAAUUAUUUGAAGCAAUAGUCCUUCGGCAGUAUAAUAUUCAGUUAGUCAGGAUUCACAAUGUAUUUAAAUAAACAACUGGAAAAGUAAA